GUCGGUCGUACGCUCCAAAUACAGCACUUGACGUUCUUCAUCCUAACCCAACUUCGAAGUGAUUGAAAUACUUUAUCUCUAGCGAAAUCCUUCAUACCUGCUGGGGACGCUGGAAAUCUGUCUGCGUUGAGAAAUAAAGGAUGGCAGCUUGCACACCUCAGGGUCCAAACCUUCUGUCCGGCUUUAAGCGGCUAACUCGCUUUGAUACUGGUUUGGGGGCUCAGCUGCCCGAAGCGUACAAAAAGUUCUGGCGAGAAUGGAAAAUACAACAGCCCACGGCUGUGCAUUAUAUCCCAAAAGAGGGACGUUGGGAACGAGAUCCAGUUACAGGCGAAGUGCGUGCAAUACAGAACACACCUCUGCCGUUGAUAUUCCCGCCGGAAAGUGACGAUGGGAUUUGGGGAGGUGAGGGCAUAAUCAAAGGUUUCCAAAAACGUCAUCCACAAAAACGCCGAGUGCCCCAUUUCUGGGUGCCAGUCUUACGCAGAUCUGUUGUCUUCAGUGCAAUUUUAAAUCAACAUAUGUCUGUUACCGUCACUGACCGGGCAAUCAAUCUGAUUCACGAUAAUCGAGGAUUAGAUCACUAUUUACUUAAGACACCAGCCUGUGAUCUGAGGUCGACACUGGCUUUAGGAAUCAAGCGAAAACUGUUGCAGGCGUUACAAGAAGGAUGUCCGGCCUUGAAUGAUUCACCAACCAAACAAAAAGCAGUUUAUUCAGAAUAUAGUAAAUAUUUGGAGCAGUAUACACCAGAGGAAGUUGAAUGGUAUGGGCUGACGUUUUUAGAAGCGAUUAAGAAAAUACAAGCCAAAAUUCGGGAGGAGAGUAAGGUUUCUCCACAUAAGAUUGAAUUCCGUAGUAAGUUGAUAGAAGAAUUGAAGAAGGCUAAUAUCAAGGCAGUAGGUUCGGGGGAAGAAGGCGAAGGAGGCUUAGACGAUACAUCGAACAUUCAGGCAACAUCAUCAUGGUUCUCUAAAGUCAAUCCGUUUGGUAAGAAGCAAGAGACGUAGUAUGCUUCGACUUGUAAGAAUGUAUUAGUCAUAUAGGAAUUUAGGAAUGAUUAUGUUGCAAAUAAAGUGAGUCCUGAAAUUGAAA